CGACAACCGAACAUAAACAGAGGGGGUAUCACUGUCCCAGUUGAAGCCGUUCAGUUGCCAGUCACAACAGUGCCAAGUCCAGAACUGAUGAGUAAAUGAUCUCUCAUUAUAUUGGAAGGGACCUUGGCAUCUUUAAUGAUGCCCACUAAAUCCAGGAAAUCAAGGUCCCACAGCUCAAGGCCCGCCAAGAAGUCUGGGAGUCCAAAAACACCCAAAAAGAGGUCUACUAGUGCCAAAUCCACCAAGACCGAGGUGGACAUCCUCAGCCCAGCAGCCAUGGAGAACGUGUACUACAUUUCUCACAAUGCAGUGGACUGUCUGGAGUUCAGGGGCUUUGGGUGGCCACAUUCAAAGAAAAAGAAGAAAAAGAAGAAGGGAACAAAGCGAAAGAAGAAAAAGUAAAUCAUUUUUGCCAAU